AUGAUGGGCGCCCUUGGAAUGUUGACGCAGAGCCUUGUGCAAUUGCCUGGCUUCGAAGGUGAUGAGAGCAAGGAGCCAGGCAACUUUGGCAAUCCAUUGCCUUGGUUUGAUGACUACUCGGAUGAAAUGAGGGCUCGUGAGAUCAACAACGGACGCAUUGCCAUGUUUUCAGCUAUCGGCCAGAUUGCAGCCGGCCUCUAUACAGGCAAGGUGUGCUCAAGCUUUCGUGGACAUAAUCUUGGACACCGACUUGUCACCAUGGCUUAUGCAAAGACUCUCAUUGCUGGCGUCCUGGCCGCUCCUUGUGUGGAUGCUUUUGUAACACCUGGCACACAGGGAGUGACCCUUCGUGGUUCUGCACCUGUGUCAGCGCAGUCUGAGUCCAACUUUGGUGCCUACUCUGCCCUUGCUGCCGCAUCUGCUGGUGUUGCCGCAUUGGGCUUUGCCGGUGGUAAGAAGCCUGUUGGCCGCAAGAAUGUUGUGUGCAACUUCAGCAAGGAGACCCAGAUUGGUGCUAUGGAUCCUGUUGGAUUCUUUGACCCUUUGGAUUUCUGCAAGGAUGAGGCUACCUUCAAGGACCUCCGCGCCAAGGAGAUUAAGCACGGUCGCUUGGCGAUGAUGGGCGCCCUUGGAAUGUUGACGCAGAGCCUUGUGCAAUUGCCUGGCUUCGAAGGUGUGCCAAAGGAUGUGACAGCA